GUAAGCUUGAGGAAUACUUCUUCUUUGCAAGGAAUGGUUAGACCACCCAUUGGAUGAUUGAAACCGAACUCCUCUUCAGCUCUUUUAAGCAGUUCUUGAAAUGCAGGCUGGCUCAGAAAAUGAAAGAAGUGAUGAGGUUUUAUUAUGGAAAUCAGAGGACAAACAAUGGGCCAAAAUUCGGGUCGGGCCUACAUUUGAACAACAAGAAGAAAACCUGCAAUACCAAUCCAAAAUACUUGAUAUGGUAACUUACUUUCAUUUAGACGUAAGUUACUUUCGUUUAGAGGUAAGUUACUUUCAUUUAGAGGUAACUUACAUCCAAUUGAAAAAAAAAUUAAAACCAACUGAACAAAAAUUGAAACCAACUGAAAAAAAUUUGAAAUCAACUGAAAAAAAAUUGAAACUAACUGAAUUUUUUUUGAAACCAACUGAAAAAAAUUUGAAACCAACUGAAAGUCGUCCGACCUAAGAUUAUGGUCGGACGGUCUGACACAAUACCUUCUAAAAACUUGCGCCUGUGCAAAUAAGCCUCCUUGGUUUUGAUCGCAGCUCCUAGCUCUGAUAAGAGUCUCUUGACCUGAAAAACUCCUAACUAGUAUGAAAUUCCGUGAAGAUCAACAAAAUAGUAAUACAAUCCCAUGUUUUCUUACUGAUAACUGGUAAGCCUUUGUUACUAAUAUGUCUUUAUCUAAAAAAUUUAGUUAAUGCUCUACUUUGCAACACCCCUCAUUUUGCCUGUCAUAUCUGAAUUGCAUGGACGCCUGAAUUUUGACUCAUUUGAUCAUUAUCCACAGUACUAGUCUUCCCCCACAAACACAAAUCUAGGUGCAUUCUUUUUCAUCUACUGUGGACCUUUUUUAGUUGGUACAUCCAAAUAAUUAUGUUCUACACAACUUUCUUCUAAGCACCAUAUGCAUAUUGUUUUUCCUUAUUGCUUAGCAACAAAUAUAAACCCACGCAUCACCAUGUGAUGUGUCCUCGCCUUCCUUUUCUUUUUGGAUGUCAUAAAAAGGAAAAUUGGUCCAAAAGUUUCAGUCUAGUUAUGGUCAAGUCUCAGUGAGUAAAUGGGGCCACUUCAACAACUGGAAUAUAAUCCUCAUAUAACAAAACCAUGCAUAUCAUAUAGCAUAGGGGAAUUUAUGCAACAAACAUUACACUACCUAAGUUUAUAUUAUAAUGUAUUUACGCUUGUAUUUUGGUGAACUCAACAUUUUAAGUCUAUAUGCACUGCCUUGGACAGUUUCAAAGGCAAAUUGGCUAAUCAUUUAAAAGAAUGGGCCUCCAUUGUCUACUUAAUGCUCAAUGCCCUUCACUAAAAGAUUAAUUCCAACUAACAAAUCGUGGGAUUCCCACACAAUAUAAUAGUGGUUACAUGUUCAUCAUCCCAUGUAUAAUUUAUUUCACAUCCAUUAUAUAAAGGCUUCAUAUUUAUUUUAUCAUUUCAUCAUAUACACAGUUAGUCAAGUACUAUAGCUUCAAAAGAAAAAGUAACAAACACAUAUAUACAUACAAAGAGUAGUUCUUAUUCACAAUACUUCAAAACAAACCAUGGGUAUUCAAUUGAUGGAGAAAAUGCAAGCAAAGAGAAUUCUUCAAAGAACUCUAUCCAACAAAAUAUUGAUGCGAUCAACUUCAAGUUCAAGCGCGGAUGUACCAAAAGGGCAUGUUGUAGUCUAUGUGGGAGAGACUUACAAGAAAAGGCAAGUUAUACCAAUAUCCUACUUGAACCACCCUUUGUUUCAAAAUGUACUUCAUGUUGUGGAAGAAGAAUUUGGGUUUGAACAUUCCAUGGGUGGCCUUACUAUUCCUUGUAGUGAAGACUACUUUUCGAGCCUCAUUUCCAUCAUAAGGUGUUCUUCAUAAGCAUAUAUAGUAUGAUAGUUUAGUCAUAAUUUUCAACUUUUCAUGUUCAUCAUGUUCAUUUGUCCAUGGCUCAAUAUGACCAUGUAUCUCAUGAGACUGUUGUAACAAGUUUUGUUUUUCGAUUUUUUGAUUGACUAGUUAAUCUAUGUCAUCAAGACAUUGUGAAUUAAUUAUAUAUCCGUUAUUGAUUACAUUUUGGUUCCUCAUUUUUAAAGAGAGGUUAUCACAUUUAUCAUUGAUCAA